CCGGGACCAGGUUGUAUGAAGUAGGCCACUCGUGGGGACUCGCCGCGACCCUCACGCCAUGUCGCGACGCAAGCAGGCCAAUCCCCAGCACCUCCACAACGAGGAGCCGCAGCCUGCGCCCCAGGAGUUGGCCAGGGCGGCCCCGGAGGUGGUGGGAAAAUGGGCUUCAGAACUAGAUAAUGAUGUUCCAAAACCAACUUGUCCCUCCACUGACCUCAGCGACGCCCAGAAAGGCCCCGUCAUAGCUCUCUCCUCUGAGUCAAAGGAACAAACAGCGACCCUCGGAGAGAGGACGUUCAACUGCUGCUAUCCAGGUUGCCACUUCAAAACUGUUCACGGCAUGAAAGAUUUGGACCGUCAUCUAAGAAUCCACACGGGAGACAAACCACACAAGUGUGAGUUCUGUGAUAAGUGCUUCAGCCGGAAGGACAACCUGACCAUGCACAUGCGGUGCCACACCAGCGUGAAGCCCCACAAGUGUCACCUGUGUGACUACGCCGCUGUGGACAGCAGCAGCCUCAAGAAGCACCUGCGGAUACACUCCGACGAGCGGCCGUACAAAUGCCAGCUCUGCCCCUACGCCAGCCGCAACUCCAGCCAGCUCACUGUCCACCUCCGGUCCCACACAGGGGACACUCCCUUCCAGUGCUGGCUCUGUAGCGCCAAGUUCAAAAUCAGCUCGGACUUGAAAAGGCACAUGAUCGUGCACUCGGGGGAGAAGCCUUUCAAGUGCGAGUUCUGUGACGUCCGCUGCACCAUGAAGGCGAACCUGAAGUCGCACAUCCGCAUCAAGCACACCUUCAAGUGCCUGCACUGCGCCUUCCAGGGCCGGGACCGGGCCGACCUCCUGGAGCACAGCCGGCUGCACCAGGCCGACCACCCCGAGAAGUGCCCGGAGUGCAGCUACUCCUGCUCCAGUGCGGCUGCCCUGCGCGUGCACAGCCGGGUCCACUGCAAGGACCGUCCCUUCAAGUGUGACUUCUGCAGCUUUGACACUAAGCGGCCCAGCAGCCUGGCCAAGCACAUUGACAAGGUACACAGGGACGAGGCCAAAACAGAGAACCGGGCCCCACCAGGCAGGGAAGGGCCCCGAGAGGGCAGCUCCCAGCACGUGGCCAAAAUAGUGACCCAGAGGGCCUUCCGCUGCGAGACGUGCGGUGCCGCCUUCGUCAGGGACGACUCCCUGAGGUGCCAUAAGAAGCAGCACAGCGAGCAGAGCGAGAGCAAGGACUCGGACCUGGUCACCUUCCCGCCGGAAAGCGGCUCCUCGGGGCAGCUGGAGACUCCCCUGGAGCCCAGCCUGUGCCUCUAAUUCAGGCAAAGAGGGCGGUCGGCUGCCCAGAACUCCAGGCGAAUGCUGCAGCCCAGCCCCCUGAGGGAGGCCAUCCAGCCAGACUUCAGUCACCAGCCCCGGCACAGCUGCUCCCAACACCUUAGGCCUCCAGAGGCGGUGGCUGUCCCAGGGCAGACACCGUGCGGUGCAGACACCUCUUCCCGGCGCUCUUUCCUCCAGGGCUCAGCGAAGCAAGUUGACUCGGUCGUUCCAAGGUGGGGGUGCACGAGCAUCGCUGUAUCCUAGAGGGAUACCUUCCCGAUGGAUUCCAACUCCAAGACUGAUCCAUCUCUGAUGGAAUCAUUAAACUUUUAGACCACAUGGAACACUGAAAGUAACCCGAUCUGUGUAGUGGGAAAGGUGAAGAUGAGGAUAGGUACGUGGCAGGUCUGGGGAAGCUGGCUAGUUCUUAACCCGGGUGGUGGUUAUGAGUAUCCGCCUUAUACGUUUUUGUGUGGUUCCUUUUUACCUGUUGUCUUAUAAUAAAAAGCAAACUCAUCCUCAGAAUGAGGUAAGAGAAACACGCCAUUUUUCUUCCGUGGACAGGUUAUGUUAUGGGGUUCUCCCUGCCCACUCCCCCCAUUCAGUAAUCAUAAAUGCACCCAGGAUUUCUCAGCGUCAGCCCUGCCACUAUGUGAAAUGCAGUUUGAUCUGUAGGUGGCAGCAAAGAUCAAGCUAACUCUAGCUCAGCCUGUCAUGGUGUCUCGUAAGAUUCCAGAUUUGUGUGCUUGUAUUCGUAAAGAAAAGACUAAGCGCCCGCUGGGCCCUGGGCUUGGUUCUGGGACACAUGAUGCAGGGGACAGCCUGAGACUAGCAUCUGUCAUCACAGUAAGCACGUGGUGUUUGCUGAGCCAACAGACAAGUGAAAAGCCAAACCUCUCAUAAAUGGACAUUUUACUUAGGAGACUGUGGGACGUCGGUGGAUAUAGAAUUGAUCUAGAGUUACUUUGUUCUAUUUGGGUAUCUUCAUAUAUAGUCUCUCUAAUAUAAGUUCUUGUGUGCCCUCAUCGAGCUAAAUAUCUGUGCUUUUAGAAUAGAUGAAAACGAUCCAUUGUUUUUGGUCAACCGGGAAAAAGGACGUGAAAACCAGUUUUGAUAGAUUGUAUACAGGGGAAUAUUUCACUGAUGGAAUAGCAAGAGGUAUGUAGUGUAUUUUAAGAAUUUUGUUGGAACAGAUCUGAUUCACGUAUGA